CACCACCACCACCAUAUAUAGCCAGCCACCUCUACACUUCCUUUCUCCUCUCCUUCAUUUCUACACACACAAUAUCCCACCACCCAUCCCAUCACCGCCCUUUUUUAGCCUAUAUCUUUCAGCCCCCGCCCCCACCACCUCUCUUUAAAUUACCACCAACCACUUUCUUCACUGCCGCCUCGCCCUCUCUCUCUCCUUAUUUAUCUCUUCAAAUCUUUAAAGAGACUUUCACGACAUCGCUCAAGCUUUCUUGAUUUGUAAUAUUUUAUUGCUCUGACGUUGAUUAAAGCGUGAAAGCUGGUGAUCAUAAAGAAUUAAUGGCUGUUAAGGUUUGCGAGCUUUGCAGAAGAGAAGCUGGUGUCUACUGCGAUUCAGAUGCUGCGUAUCUUUGUUUUGACUGUGAUUCUAACGUCCAUAAUGCUAACUUCCUUGUUGCUCGCCAUGCUCGCCGUGUAAUCUGCUCCGGUUGCGGUUCUAUCACAGGAAAUCCAUUCUCCGGCCACACCCCAUCUCUUAGCCGUGUCACCUGUUGCUCUUGCUCGCCAGGAAACAAAGAACUGGACUCCAUCUCCUGCUCCUCCUCUAGCACUUUAUCCUCCGCUUGCAUUUCAAGCACCGAAACGACGCGCUUUGAGAACACAAGAAAAGGGGUCAAGGCCACGUCAUCUUCCAGCUCAGUGAAGAAUAUUCCGGGGAGAUCCUUGAGGGAUAGGUUGAAGAGAUCGAGGAAUCUGAGGUCAGAGGGUGUUUUCGUGAAUUGGUGCAAAAGGCUGGGGCUCAAUGGUAAUUUGGUGGUACAGAGAGCCACUCGGGCGAUGGCGCUGUGUUUUGGGAGAUUGGCUUUGCCGUUCAGAGUGAGCUUAGCGGCGUCGUUUUGGUUCGGGCUCAGGUUAUGUGGGGACAAGUCGGUUACGACGUGGGAGAAUCUGAGGAGAUUAGAGGAGGUAUCUGGGGUUCCCAAUAAGCUGAUCGUUACCGUUGAAAUGAAGAUAGAACAGGCGUUGCGAAGCAAGAGACUGCAGCUGCAGAAAGAAAUGGAAGAAGGGUGGGCUGAGUGCUCUGUGUGACGGAGCCGUACGUGCGAGCAGACCGCAGAGUGUCAUGUGUGUAAGAAGUUCACACGCGUGUGUGUGUGUGUGUGUGUGUGGAGAUUAGGAAAUUUCAAUGUUUUUGUAGUAGUUUUUAUGUGUUAACGACUGAAGAUGAACGUACAUUAAGAAAUUUGUCUCAAAAAUCAAAAGAGAUGUUGAGAUAAGAAAAACGACUCGUUUUUAGUUA